AUGAAUAUGACAGCAAGGGCUAGGCAGCGUGCUCAGAUCCAACGCAUCGGGCGAGAGCUUAUGUAUCAGCUCCCCGCUGAGUUGUUCACAGCAACCCUAGACUACCUCAACUUCGACGACAUUAUGUGGCUCUGCGAAGACCCGGAGUUUCCUUCUGGAUUGCUGCAGCGAAAACAUCUCCUGGAUCACUACGGUUCCUCGAUAUUAGGCGAUGUUGUAUCCAAUGACUGGAAGUUUCAUUCAGCGAUCAGGAACUUUAUCCACAUCCUUGGAGAAUGGGAUGUCAAAACCCGCCGACACAACCUUAGGCCUUUACUUGCAACGAUUGACAGUUAUGGACGAUACGAAUUGUGUGAGACAUUCCUCGAGGAAGACUACUUCAUGGGAAUGAGAGAGGAGACAUUGGGAAAGUACAUUGAUAUUGGCGCAAGCGAAACCAAAAAUGAACUGGCUAAGACGCCUUUGGAACCGCUGCAUGCUGCCGUGCUUGCGAUGAAGAAGGAAAUAGUGGAACUGCUUUUGAAGCACGGCGCGAAUCCCAACUCGCGUGCGGGAGUACUUGGGACGGCAUUGCACUUUGCGAAAGAUGAUAAAGUGGCCAAGUUACUUCUUGCACAUGGGGCAGACAUCAACGCUAAGGAUGCGUUAGGGUAUACCCCGCUGUCUAAUGCCAUAUUGAAGGACAAACCAGAUUUGGUUAAGUUGUUAGUUGAAUCAGGAGCAGAUGUCGAACUCUUGUACGAUGGUAAUCUGUCAGCACUUGAUCUGGCAAUUAAAUACAGCAGGUACAACACCAACAUUGUGCGAACAUUGGCUGAUGCUAAGUGUUACAUCAACGGUCCCCCGGGUGUUGUCCCUCCUCUGCACCGGGCUGUUGAAAACAAUGAAGAAGACAUCAUCCCAAUACUGAUUGAAGCAGGGGCAGAUCUCGCUGUGCGCUACGAGGGCCGAACAGUAUUGCACGUGGUGCAAAGUCCGUGCAUUGCCAGUCGACUCCUUGCAUACGGAGCAGACGUCAAUGCAAAAGACAAAAAUGGCUCCACACCAUUUAUGCUGGCGACAGAACGUGGCAUUGAUCUCAUGGAUGUAUAUCUUAUGGCCGGAGCGGCUGUGUGCACAACACAUCUUCGGGAGAAGAAAAUUCUGUUUCAGCUAGUGUCUGCUGGCCAAUAUCAUAUAUUAAAGUCACUCAUGUCGCAAUGUGACCUCAAACCAGCAAUUUAUGGCGUGGAGAAUUUACUUGAGGGACAAAGUCUACUCGACUUUGCUAUGAGCUGUGGCUUCGAAGGGAUUGCUGACUUGCUCGUGGAGACAUUUCCCCACCUUGUGAUUUCAGAGGAUGGCGAAAAUGAAGACCAUAUCUUGUGGACGGCGGCAAAGCAUUCUUCAAGACGCAUGCUUCAAAGAAUCAUCGAUUUGAGGAAAAAGGUCGAAGUCAAGGACGUUGAUUUUCAAGAUGGGUUGGUUGUCGCCCUUGACCGUGGACAGGCGGAUAUUGUGGAAAUCUUUCUACAGGCCCUUAUUGAUCCAUCAAACCUUGGUCACGGUGUCCACGUGCCACUAUUUGUCCUGACUGCUGGGACAAAUCUUGCUUUGUGCGACAUGGCAAUGUAUCUUCCAGAAGACCCUAGCAAGUGGAUCCCGGAUUGUGAACGUUACUACCUUUCGAUGGAAACUUGCCAUGAUAAUAUUGAGAUAAAUAUGAAAAUGUUGAGGAUACUUCUUGAUCAUGGCGCGGAUGUUUCUCGUGCUGAAUAUGAAGGAAUAGGAAUCUUGCAUUGUGCUGCGUGGCGGAAUAGCGAACCUCUCAUGAGAGCACUCUUGGAGGCCGGAGCUGAUCCUCUUUUCAAGGAUGAAAAUGGUUAUACUCCUGCAGAUUGGGCGGCUAAAAUGUCUCAUUUUCAGAUCGAAAAGAUCCUGCGACAGGCAGAAGAGGAAGCUCUAGCGAAGCAGCCCAAGGAAGAAGGUCAAUCUGCUGGUGUUAAAGGUCAACUAUAGGAUAGUUAUUCUCGGACUCAAUGCUCUAAUAUGAAACGCAACGACGAGGCAGAAGCUGGCUAUGUCUCGACUCACCUGCUAUCGACACCACAUGGUAUGUCAGCAAAGGUUCCACAGGGUGCUGGUAUCUGAAGUGAACCAUUGCUGGACCCUGUGAUGACAGGUAUAUUGGCGAAGUGUAUGAUAUUGGCUUGGCAUUGGUUUGGUAUGUAUUAUAAUAGAGACUCAUAUAGGUGAAAAUCUCCCAACUGAAAUUUAAUAAUAAUUCAAGGCUCUCUAAAUGAUAGAGACCUAGCUAUCUGGA